UCUUACUCGUGCACGCAGUUUCAUCAUAAUCAUCUAAUAAUCAUUCAAUUAAUAUUGGCAUAGAAAUUAUCAACGUCUUUUUUAUGAUUUUAAGGGCAUUCCACAGACAUGAUAAUAAUGAAUUAAUCGUUCCAAAAUGUUAAAUUGACCGUCGUUUGGUAACCCAUGGACCAUCGAGGAUCCGAGCUUACUCGGCGAUGAUAUUGCGUAACAUUUACAGUGGAGUGGCCGCUGCACGCUGCAGCUGUUGCGUAAUCUGACUUCGGCUCUUACAAAAACAUUGUUGUUACACAAGUGCAGUCUUGACUGAUGCAUCUAUACCCUGCCCAGGCCCAUUACGUGAUACUGAGUGAUACCGAUACAUAACAAAGUCACUGUUCUCGCGAAGCUAUCAACUGCUAGGAAGCACAUUCUCUUUUGGAAGGAAAGCCUAUGUCAACAUAUUUAGAUUGAAGACAUAAUCAUGGCCAGCUGUAGGAUUGCAAGAAGAGCUGGCGUACACCGAGGUCUGUCAUCAAUUCAACCCAUCCUCAGUAGAGCACUUGCAACUGCUCCAGGAGAGCCAGGAACAUGUCAUCAUACCACUCUGGCUCAAAACAGGAUAAUCAAUCCAAGAUACCUCAUGAGGAAGAAUGGUGCCCAUCACGGUACCCAAGUCAAGAAAAGUUCUGUUGAGCACUCUUCUCCACUUGUGGGCCAGAGAGAGUUUCACACCUCAUCUGUUCUGGGGCUACUAGAAGACAUUCAAUCCUGUUUGGAUCAUACUAACCUACUUAUGUUGAUUGGUCAGAACCGGGCAAAGCUAAAUGAGGACCAUGUCAGUCAUGCAUUGGUCCAGCUCUGGGAAGUCAUGAAAUUCACUCCUAAUAGAACUUACAUUCUUGAGACCGAAGUACAUCCAAAUAGGGAUUUCUUGAGUUUGUGUGUCCUGGCAGAAAACAAGGUUCACCUGAUAAAAGAAGAAGUCCUUGCAGAUGUUUUCUAUGCUGCAAUCAAGUUGCUGGAUCAAGAUCUAACCCACAGCUUAAUCAGAGAAUUGAGAAAUAGAUGCUUAAACUGUUUGGAAGGGAUGUCUUGCAAGCAAUUGUCCAAAGUAGCAGUAUGUCUCAGUGAUUUGAAUGAAGGGAGGAUGUCAUCAUGUGGGGCAGUGACUCAUGCCUUCGGACAAAAGUUAGACACUAUAGAAGAUAUCAGAGAGCUUUCUGCAUGGAUGAGAGAGUGUCUGCCACUGGCAUCUCCGUCUCUCUGCUCUCGCUCAUUUGCCAAGGCUCUAGAGUUUGUUAGUGGGUUGGACGCAGAUUCACUUGGGAAAAAUGACUUGAGACGGAUUUUGCAGACAGCAGCCAAGGUCAGGGGAUCUCCACCAGCGCUGGUAGACAAAUGUGCAAAGCUAUUCUUAGAGAAGAUGGAGAAGGAGGAGAUCAGUGUGAAAAAUGUAUGCACUAUGUAUCAACAACUCAAGGGAGGACUCAAUUAUAGUGGAGAGAACAUUCAGUCAAGAGUAUCGUCUUACCUCAGAAGGAAGUUGCCUGACAUUCAUGAUGGUGUUGAGGCUACUUUAGUCAUCAAUAUUCUUGCGGACAAAGCUACAGCAGAUACAAAGUUUCAGCUUGAGGACAAGGCAGUAAAGCUUAUAGACAAGGUACCCAUGCACUACUUGCCCCAAAUGUGUCAUGGGCUUAGGAUGAUGAGCUAUACUGCCAUGACACCUUUAACCAAGAAGAUCGCUAGAAAGCUUCAAGCAAACGGUUGCCAAGACUUGCCAACAGAUGGAAUCGCAAAGAUUGUAGAGUUUCUUGUCAGAGUUGAAGGCGUUGAUGAAACAUUGUACAAGAAAAUUUACGGAGAUCUGAUUCACAUGCUGAAAGAUGCCAUAGCUCCUGGACGCGUUGUACACAUCAUCUAUUGUCUCUCACUUCUUCCUCUGUCCUCAGUCAACAAUCUUGUAUUCAGUCAAGCAUCGGCCUUCCUCCCUCAACUCCACACUCCGGGUAUCAACCAGCUCCUUAGCUCAAUCGUACGUAUUUCAAGGAGACUGGAGAGACAGGGCCCACUGCCCAACUCUUGUACCAGUCUCAUACAACAGUUGCAGGAACGAGCCAUCAACUCCAUCAAUCAGAUCACCAGUGUCUGGUACCUGAACAACAUCAUUGAUUUUCUUCUGGAAGAAGGUGAUCAGUCCUUUCUUGUCGGAGUAGCCAUGCAGCGCUAUUCUCAUGUCCUCUCUAAGUUGACACCACAGUUAGCUGUUGAUUGUGCCAGGCAUAUCUUCAGAAGCAGAUACCUUCAACCCGACCUCCUGGAUGAAAUUGCUCAGAUUGUCACUCAGAACACCAACAAGAUCACUCCGCUUCAAGUGGCUUACAUCCUCAGUCCAUUCAGUUCUCUCAACUACAAGCCUAAGAGUACUUCUGAUCUAUUCGAUGCCUGUAUUGGUCGUAUGGAGCCUUUCCUGGACAGCCUUCCUGCAGGAUAUAUGGUAGAUGUUGCCAAUUUGUGUGCCUUGAGCCAGAGAUACCCAGAGCUGAUCUUGAAGAAAAUCUUCAGCCUUGAUUUUCUUACCAGACUUGAUGAAGAACUAGAAACCAUACCAGAGAGAAGUAUGAUGUAUCGCAGGAAACUGAUGCACCUGAAUCGAUCUCUAGCUUUAGAUCGUCCCGAGAUGCAAGUUCCUUGGUUUCACGAAGACUUCUGCAGGGACAUCCUCAAGAACCGCAAAGUUCUUGUGCACUCGUCACUGAGAGAGAUCCAGAGUGCUCUAGCUGAAGUUCUUGGUGGUCCACAGUUCUUACGCUCUUUUGUUGUCACUCCAUACCACUAUGAUAUAUCUUUUGAAUGUGUGGUUGAUGACGAAGGGAGCCCUCUACCAUGUGCAGACUAUGGCAGCGUGUUGAAUCAACUUAAAGGUGUGGCUGGUGGUGUGUUAGCUGAUCUCAUGCAGUGGGGAACUCAGACUAAGCAAAUGCCUGAUGGAGCUCAAAGGGUGGCCAUUGACUAUCUGUUCAGUAAUUCAUACUGCACCAACUCUCGCCAUGCUCUCGGUAUGAUAGCUAUGAAGAAGCGCCAUCUUGAGCUAAUGGGGUACAAGUAUGUGCAGAUCCCGUACUUUGAGUGGCAUUCUGCUGAACUAGCCGAGCCUGAGGACAAACUCCAGUACCUGCAUGAGCUGCUCUCUCAGUCUGUCAGCUCCUCACCUGGUGAAGCGACCACACCCGCAACCACACCCUUGACCACACCUGGUGGUGGUAGGAUGUUCCCUAGUCGGUGGGAUCCUCAGAGUGACAUUGCUCUCAAUGGACUGAGUGGUAUGCAGAAUGCGGACUUUGUAGAGGACCCUCUGGUCAUGAAGGUCUUACAUACGUUUGACCGGAUGGGAAGCAGAAGGACUUAAGUUCUGAUCAUGUUACAUCAUAUACGAUUGCAUCAGAGGUAGAAAGACUUUGAGAUUCAAAGUGGAGCUUGUAUAGUUCUCAGUGGACUUGGAAGUAUGCAGAAUGCAGACUUGAAGAGGAUCCUCUAAUAAUGAAAGUCUUACAUAUAUUUGAUGAUAUCAGAGGCAGAAAGCUCUAAGUUCUUUUGUAUUUUUGAGCGUAUGGGAGGCAAAAGGUCUGAAGGUCCUACACCCAUAUGUUUUAUUUUAAACAAUGAGUAUGGAUUUUGAUACAGGUGUCAUAGUGGCUGCAUCGACCCUUUCUUGCCUAAUUUUGUUACUGGUAUAUCCUCAUUCUUUUUUUUUACACCAUUUUCUCAUGUCUAUGAAGUCAACAUUGAAAGCUUUAACUUAUCUCGGCAUUCAUUUUCAUGUGUUUUCUCAAGAUUUGUUGUCCAACAUUUUCAAAUGAUUCCUGUGCAACCCCCUCCCCCACCCCACAAAGCACACAUAUCAAAUACAGGGAGCUUUGUGUGUACCGGUAUGUGUGUAGAUUUUGACAAUGCAACUCUCUAUUGCUUGGCAUACACGGUUUACAAACAUGGUCCAGCAAAAGAACAGAAUAAAUGAUAAAAUGUCAUAUACCUAACUCUUCAUCUCUAUGUUGUAAAUCUUAGCAGAUUAUAAUAAAUGAGUGAAC